AUGGCCGUCGACGGCGAGCCUGCUGCUGCUGCUGCUGCAGCGACGCAGCACGGAGAAGACGCGCGGGACGCUGCUGCUGAUGCUGCUGCGGGAAAGGCUGCUGCUGCUGCUGCUGCUGGAGAAGCAGCUGGGGACAAGGCAGCAGCAGCGGCCGAUGCUGCUAACAAGGCAGCAGCAGCAGCAGCUGCUGCCGCAGACGAUGAGGCCAGCAACAAGGCUGCUGCGCAGCAGCAGCAAGACGAAGAUGUGGCGGAGGAGAAGCAGCAGCAGCACGAAGGAGAGCACCACCAAGAAAGGCAGCAGCAGCAGGAGCAGCAGCAAGAGCACGAGCAGCAGCAGGAGCAGCGGCAGCAAGAAGAUAGCAUGCAGGAAGUGCGGAGCGAGGGCCACGGUGAGCAGGAAGCAAGAGAAGAGUCCCGCAAGGACAGCAGCAAGAAGAGCAGCAGCAGCAAAAAAAGCAAAGCAGCAGCAGAAGACAGCAGCAGCAGCAGCAGCAGCAAGAAGUCCGAGGGGCCGGCGAAAGAAGAGACGACGAAAAGGCGCUCGGCGAGACUCGCCAAGGACAAAAA